ACUCCGUCACCCAUCCCCCUAACGUCGUCUCCGCUAACAUCUUCUCCCCCACCCCCAAAUCGAAAUCUUAACCCUAACCCUAUUUUCCGAUGUCCACCGACGAUUUCCCCCUUCUCGACGCGCCGCAUCCUCACCCUACAACGCGCCACCCAGAUGCCGCCUCCGUCACGACAACCGGAGAUUACUACUACUCCGAUCACGACAAAUCGUCCGCCACACCCUCCUCGAAACGCAACCACCAAAACCACUACUACAACAACAACAAUAAGAGAUCGAAAUCAAACAGCAACACAGAGUUAGAAUCCAGCGAUUACCGAGAUUACAGGAAGGAUAGAGAGGAAUGGAGCGAUACGGCGAUAUCGUGUUUGCUGGAGGCGUACACGGAGAAAUUUAAUCAGUUGAAUAGAGGGAAUUUGAGAGGGAGAGAUUGGGAGGAAGUAGCGGAAGCUGUGAGUGAGAGAGGAGGGAGUAAUAAUAAGAAGAGUGUGGAGCAGUGUAAGAAUAAGAUUGAUAAUUUGAAGAAGAGGUAUAAAGUGGAGUUACAGAGGAUUAGUGGGAGUGGGAGUAGUUGGCAUUGGUUUAAGCAUAUCGAGGUGAUCAUGGGGAAUGCGUGCAAUGGGAAGAGUGGUGGUGGUGGUGCUACUGCUGCUGGGGGAGAUAGUGAGGGUGGUGGUGGUGGAGGGAGUUGUGGGGAUGCUAAUGCGGUGGUUAAGCAAGUUAAAAGGUAUACAUCUGGCAGUGCUGCCUUUGCUAAUAGUCUCAAAACUAAAGCGGUGACGAAUUUAAAAUGGCAGAGAGUAGUGUUUAAAAUCAGCGGUUCUGCAUUAGCUGGGAAUUGCCAGAAUAUUGACCCCAAGGUAGCUAUGCAGAUUGCUCAGGAAGUAGCAACAGCUAGCCGUGUUGGACUGGAGAUAGCAAUUGUUCUUGGAGGUCGUAAUUUCUUUUGUGGAGAAUCGUGGAUUUCUGCUACUGGCUUAGAGAGGCCCACUGCAUACCAGAUUGGCAUGAUGGCAACAGUUAUGAAUUCAGUUUUGCUUCAAUCAGCCUUGGAGAAGCACGGUGUUCAAGCUCGUGUGCAAAGUGCGUUUGCAAUGCCAGAGUUAGCUGAACCCUAUAGCAGGCAACGGGCCAUCCGACAUCUUGAGAAAGGAAGAGUUGUCAUAUUUGGUGGCGUUGGUGCUGGGAAUCCUCUAUUUACUACCGACACAGCAGCUGCUCUGAGAGCUUCUGAGAUCAACGCAAAUGCACUCCUUAAAGGUACCAUUGUUAAUGGCGUCUAUGAUAGCAGCAAUACAAUACUGGAUCACAUAUCAUUCAGAGACGUCAUUUCGAGGGGGGCUACCUCAGUGGACAUGAUGACAAUUACGUACUGUGAAGAGAAUGGGAUUCCUGUGGUGGUCUUUAAUUUGCUCGAGCCUGGGAACAUCUCAAGAGCAUUAUGUGGAGACCAAGUUGGCACUUUAAUUGAUCGAGCAGGAAGGAUUACCUAAACGCAUAUGGAUUCCUUUUUACGCCGACGCUUCGAAGACUAGUGCUAGUUAUUUAUGGCAGCAAACCGAUGCAUCAUUACUACUUGGACCGUAAUCUAAUUAUCAGCACCAGCCCGCUAGCAUUGGAGACUGGCAUUGGUAACUCCAUUAGGCUUUCGAAUCUAGAGCUGCUGCCUGCAAUACACGAGGUAGGCAGGAGAUUGGUGAAUAAAUUCUGAGAAAUGUUGGAUUCCCCAAUGCUGCUUCAUUGUGACAGGAAUAAUUUUCGCCCUGGUGUUGUAUCCCGUGUAAAAUGUUCUCUGUAUCGUUGAAGUUACAUAUAGAGCAGGAGAGGUGGCAUCGAUGCAACCCAUGAUGUACAUAGAGAUUCUUCAUUUUAUAGUGAAUAUAAAAAAAGGGAAGAGAUGCUUCAGCGAAA